GCGUGUUGAACUGUUGCUCUGUAAUAUGAUAUAAGGAACUACAGACCUGGUGUUUGUAAACAGUUGACUACAAGGACGUCUGGCGCUAGUCGAGUGACAAUGUCGCAGCUACGAUUAAGCUUUGCUUUCUUCAUGUUGCUAGUUGCAUUGACAAACUCAAAUGUUUUACUGACAUACGAUACACAGCAGCCAGGGUUCUUAAACAAUUUCACUUGCGGUUUGCUUACCUGUGAAAAAGCGCUUAGCACUGGCGAGCUAUACGUAGAGAAGUUUAACUUGAUCAAUAUUGGUCAAAACGCAUCUAAAUUGGCCACGAUCUUCGCAAAAUGUGGGAAACAGGUCAUGGCUUCUGAGAUAUCCUUAACAGAGAAGUCCUUUAACCGCUCUAUGGCUAGAGUCCAGCUGGCUAUUCAUAACUCGCUCAUUUGUUUCCGAGGCUCCUUUCUGUGUGAGGUGAGUUAUAGGAAUGACGAAUUUGAGAGCCUAACGGAUAUGUCAAUUAAAAGGCCUAAUCACGAGACACCUUACAGUCUUCAAGACAAGAUGGAGUUCCUUGCAGAGACCAUCACAAGUUUAAAGUAUGUUGUUCAAGAGCUGAGGCAGUGUCCAGAUGAAAAUCUCCACAAGGAUUGGACUCUAGCAUUUCGCGGAACAUCAGGAAUUAAAAAAUCUGUGUAUGACGCGUACAAGCUAGGGCUAGGCAUUCCCGAAGUUGUAGAAAGCGGAUGCAAGCAGGUUGGUCAAAGUUUGCCCUGCGCCAACCACUACAGAAACAACGCCAUCUUGGACAACUGGACAGACAUCUCUCAAGUAGCACUGGUGCUCUUCAAAGAUAAUGUCAAAGUAAAACAAGUCAUCUUUGACGGUGCCGGCUCUAACUAUAUGAACUGGCUGACCAAGGCAAGAGUCCUCGACUCGUCAUGGAGUGACAUGAAAACCCAAGUGUCCAAUAUUUUCAGCAUCGAUGGAAAUAUCAGACCAGAUCUUAAAAGAGUCUUCUUGCUCAACAGUGUCUACGGUGGUUGUCCAAACGAUGUCGGCUGGUUCGUGGCUGUUGACAUGGAAACUGACGGCUGUAAUUGGGCGAAAAACCCAGAUUUUCCAAUGUUCUUAUACUCCAUGUCCAAUGAAAGGGAAAAUUACAAUAGCGUUAAUAUCUCAACCGCCGAUUACUUUGCGAUCUUUGUACGAAAUUUUAAUCUCCCUUAAGGCUAUGUGGGACACUAAAUUUAAAUUUCGAUUUUCAGUUUUAACCUAAUUUAAAAAGCCCAACCAUUUCUGGACAUAAAAAUAUCAUUUUCAUGAUUGGCGAAUAAUUACUUAUUUUUUUU